AUGUCUAACAAUAACAAGAUGACCAUAAACCUUCUCUUGCUUGGACAGACACAGAGUGGCAAGAGUUCUGCAGGAAAUACCCUUUUAGGCAGUAUGGACUUUGCCAGUCAUCUUUCCCCAUGCUCUGUGACCGCAGCUUGCUGUUUAGGGCGCAGUUGCCACAUUUCAGGCUUUGCACGUCGGCAGGGCUCUGAGCUAACCCUACAGGUCCAAGUGCUGGACACUCCUGGGUAUCCUCACAGUAGCCUGAGCAAAGAGCAGGUGCAGGAAGAAGUGAAAAGAGCUUUAAUUCAGCACUUUGGAGAGAAAGGUCUGCAUCUGGCACUUUUGGUCCUGAGAGCUGACAUCCCACUAUGCAGAGGGGAAGAAGAGCCUACUGUUGAAUUUGUCCAGACACUCCUGGGUCCUAACUGGAAGAGUUACACUGUCAUCUUAUUCACACAUGCAGAUCAGGUUGAAAAGGCUAGGUUUAGUACAGAACUAUACCUGCAUACUGCAUCAGACACACUACAUAAAGUUUUGCACUCAGUGCAGCAAAAAUAUAUUUUUGUAGACAAUCAUGCAAGAGUGCCCAAAGAAGAAAACUUAAAAUUGUUAAGAAAAAUUGUGGAGUUUAUAAAGCAAAACAAUUAUCAGACCCUUCUACCAAAGUAAACAAUAGUAUAGAACUAAGUUAGGUAUCUGGCUGUGGAGCCAGAGGUUGGAAUUUCAAUUCCCCAUUGUACC